GAGACGGAUGUCAACUGACUGGUUGUAUGCACUUUCGUUGCUUUCUUUGCAAUCGACGUACUGCUGUCUGCUUUCUCCCUGAUGUGCAACGAUUAAUUGUUCAUGUAAAAUACACCGACUAAAGGAUAUGGGAGUACUCCCAAAGUGGAACAGCUGUAUGGCGAACCAUUCGUGGGACUUCACAUUGUGCGUAGAGAGUAAAUUACAUCUCAUCCGACCAAUGACUAAAUUGUGCUUUUCAUCUAUAUUUUCUAUCAGUUUGGCUGAAUUCUUUAGCAGUAAUAAUUUAAAAACCACCUCUGCAGUUGUCCAGAAAUGGCAGAAUUCCAGAGCAGCUCACGAAAAAAGAAAAAACGAUCUCAAAGUAUAUCGUCUUCGUCCUCGUCUUCCUCUAGUGACUUUACAGUUGAUUCAUCGUCCUCUACAUACUCUAUGCCCCCAGCUCCCGAUGGCGGCUGGGGUUGGGUUGUUGUAUUAAGUUCAUUCAUGAUAAUGUUGAUCAGUGAUGGCUUCGCCUUUUCAUUUGGAGUACUCUAUACGGAAUUGCUGGAAGUUUUUCAGGAAAGCAAAAGUUACACGUCAUGGAUUGCUUCUUUGUUCUACGGAGUACCCCUUAUAUGUGGACCGAUUUCCAGCGCAUUAGCAACGAAGUAUGGCUGUAGAAAAGUGCAAAUUGCUGGCGGAAUUCUUGCGUUUAUUGGUGUGUUUGCAAGUACUUUUGCUAACUCCGUUGCAAUGUUAUGUGUUACACUUGGUAUUGUAGCUGGUUUCGGGAUGUCGGUCGGAUAUGUAACUUCUAUAGUAAUGGUAGCAUUUUAUUUCGAGAAGAAGAGAGCUUUGGCCACGGGACUGGCAGUAUGUGGCUCAGGAUUAGGAACAUUUUUGUUUGCACCGCUUAUUGAAUAUUUGAUAGAACAUUAUACGUGGAGAGGAUCUUUUCUUAUUCUCAGUGGUAUCACAUUGAAUUUGGUUGUAUGUGGCACUCUUCUUAGACCAUUGAAAUUUUCACCACAAGAACAAUGGAAAAGAAAAUUGGAAGCGUUCGAAAAAUUAUCCAAGACUGUUUCGCGAUCUAUAUCGAAAACAAGUCUUUCUGACUUCCCUCGUAGUAGACACACCAGUCACACGGAUGAUGCUGAUUCCGAUUCAGACACACCAGACCUUGAGCAUAUGAGCUACUCGCAAGUACAACUACCAACUUAUAUCCAAAAAGAGCUAAAAUAUGCACCAGACAAUUUAGUUGUUGAAGUGACGAAAAGUGGCAAAAGCUGGCAGCACGUUCUUCGAACCAGGCAUCCAAGCGCUGUUGGAUGCAGUUCUUCAAUGAAUAAUGUGACGAACUCGUCCUUAAACCAAAGUGUUAUUAACAACAGUACCAGAGAGAAUGGCCAUUUAUUGAAUACUUGUAGUGGUUGUAUUGUGGAACCUAAGAUAUCUCUUAUCGAUAAUGGAAGCAUAUGGAAGAGAGAUAAUCAAAGGCGAAAGCGACAAGUAUUUCAAUAUUAUCCACUUCACAGAAAAGAUUUGUUCUAUAGAGGGAAUCUAAUGAAACUUCCUCACUUUGAAAUACGCUCUUCUAGUUGCCCAGAGCUCCAUCUGGGAUCCAUAGACGAGGAAAGUUCAGAAGCUGGAGAUAUUUGUCAAGUUACCAACAUUUUGAAAUUCCCGAUUCACAUGGUCAAGGUUUUCAAAGCUAUGUUUGACAUCGCCAUUUUGAAAACUCCUGUUUUUAUUUUAUUUUUGUUUUCCAAUUUUAUGCUUUAUUUUUGGUAUGAUGUACCAUAUGUUUUCAUUGUUGAUAGAGCAAAGGAAUUCGGUAUAUCGGAGGAUAGGAGCUCUCUGAUAAUAUCUAGUCUUGGAAUUGCGAACACAUUCGGACAAAUUCUGUAUGGAAUAGUAGGGGAUCGUGACAUAGAUUUAGAACUUCUGUAUGGGAUCUCUCUCGCUGUUGCAGGGAUAAGUGUGGCUUUGGUGCCUCUGUUUGUUGAUCAGAUAAUUCUCUGCAUAUUGGCCGCAUGCUAUGGAAUUUUCGUUAGCGCAAAUUAUGUGCUGAGUACAGUACUUUUAGUGAAAUACUUGGGAAUGGAUAAACUGACAAAUGCUUAUGGAUUGACUAUGCUGUUACAAGGAAUGGCCAAUAUGAUUGGACCACCUGUUGCGGGAAAAUUGUAUGAUGACUCCGGAAGUUAUGAUCACACGUUUUACGCCGGCGGGACUUUCAUCGCCGCUUCAGGGACUGUCCUUCUUGUGAUACCCUUUUAUAAAUAUGUUAAGGGGCUCAUCUGGAGAUGCCGCGGGGACAAAAUACAAAAUACCUGCAUUGGUACCUCAAAUGGACCGGAGACGUUCCAGGGUGAGGUGGAACCACUGACAGAAGAAUUACAAGAGGAUGUAUCCAGAGUUUUUACGAAAUUUGCUGUUACCGAAAUAGAAACUGUAGUGUAAAGAGAAAUAAUGGGGAUUUUACUAAUUUUUUCAAGUGAUGCAAAUACCAUCCGACUGUAAUCUCAUGUGCCCGUGGCUGUAGUAACACUACAUACCGCACACCACCCUCUACACAUAUGCAAACAAUUAAAAAAAACGUUGCUGGACCAACUAGAUCCUUGUAAUUUGAUUUCUGGAGCACUGAUAGAUUACCACCUCUACAUGUAUAUAUGAUGCAGAAGGUAAAUCAAAACUUUCGGGAAUAUUCGGAUGCGGUGAUAGAAAUGUAAUAAGAUGGUGUGUCGGGCAUCAUGUGUUAUCAUAGGACAUAUAGGUAUCCUUUACGCAUGAUUAAUUUUAUAGGUUACAGGUGUUGUUGGGAUGAAGUUUUUUUUCCAAAGUAAAUGUAAAUUGCAGUGAAUAAACGUAAUGUAAUUCAUUUCGAGGCGAUGAUAAUUUUCACGUGUUAUGGCGGUUCACUCAACUUUAGUGCUGGUGGUCUUUUCGUCCAUCUUAGAAUUUGGUAGUUGAUAGAUGUUUGAAUGAAAUUGGUUCUUUUGUUUAAUUCUUUAUUUCAUUUUUGAUUCAGUAGAAGUGUUCGAGCACAUGAAGUGACUUUCCACAGUACCGAGCAUUUUUUGUUUUAUUAAUUUUUUUUUAUUUACAUUGCAUAAUUUGUUGAGUUUCUCAUCGCUGUUUGAUUUUAAGAAAGUAUUUAUAGACAUUAUAUACUCGGACUAAAAACCUAUUGUCCGGGUUCUUAGUAUUCAUUGUGGCCUUGAAGCUAAUAUUACUUAACAGAGAACUCGAUUAUAGCGUUGCAUAAUCUUGAACAGAACAUGUUACCUACCUAAUGUUUCAUAGCCAGACGGUAUAUACACAUAAAUGUCGAUUAAGUAAGUUAACAUGAAUUCUUUUUCAUACAGCUCAUCGAGAUUGUUUAAUAACGGGAUGUUUAAUAAUUUAAAUGUAAAUCGGAUAUGUUGUCAGUUAUUUUUGUUGUUGUUUUUGUGUGUCUGCAAUUUGUAAAUUUAGCUUAUUUCAUUUACAUAUGUUAGGUUUUACUUUUAAAAAUCUUUUUUUCUAUUUUCACAUAUUAUUUCUUUAAUCUAUAUCCUUUUCGUUUUAAGUUAAGACAUGCGCUAAGAUUUUCACCGAAAGCAAUUUUUUUGGUAGACUGAACUUAUAUAACCUGUUAACGAGGAAUCGUUUUACUCUAAAGGAAUACCUUUGAUGUAUACAUAAUCAUCGUUCGUUUCUCUGUAUAUGUGCUACAUGCUUAACACAGAUAAAUGGCUGCGCCGUUACUUUUAACGAUCUAUGAAGUUGAUAUUUUGGCGAAAAGAUUUUGUUUCUAUAUAUGUAAUAUAAUCUUGAUUUUAAAUACUUAUUUGAUGUAGGUUACACGUUGAAUUUGGUGUGUAUUGCUUGUAAGUUAUUUUGUUAUUUACUGUAAUCCUGAUGUUUUAAAAUGUAUUUAGGUCAACUGAGACAAGUGGCCUAUUGUGAUGUUAUUAUGAAGGGUUUUAAAGUUUGCUAUAACCAAUAACCUUUACCUUUGUUCAAGGUCACAGGGGUCAAAUAUGUUAAGAUCUUUAAACGACUUCUCAAUAAUCAAGAUGUCUAGGGUCAUAAUAAUAGGCAGGUAGCAUGCUGGGAUGAAGGGCUAUAAAGUGUGUUCAAAUCAAUGACUUUGACCUUCUUUUUAGGUCACCGGAAUAAAAAAUGCUAAAAUAUUUCAUUGUUUUUUUCCCCAUUAUCGAAGAGACUUUUAAGUCAUUAUAUUAAUCCAGUAGCAUGCUGAGAUAAAGGUAUACCAAAGUUGUUAUUUUGCAUGCUACCGUUUAUCAAUGAUAGAUUGGUUAGACUUUCAUACUUAUUUCAAGUCAUUAGUCCAAUGCAGACAUUGAUGUUUGAAGGUGAGAAUAGGUCCAGGUGGUAAGAUAUUGAAAAUCUCAAAGGAAGCAAUACAUUGUGAUUAUAUGUAUUUUACAUGCUGAACGAUUUUUGCCUUUAUCCAAUUUUAUUAUAAUUUGAUUAAAUUAGAUUGAGAUGUGCUAUUAUUGUAUAAAGAAAACUUUUUGAUAUUCUUUUCAUUUACGCUACAAAAUUUGCUUUUAUUUUGUUUUACUGCGUUCUUUUUUCACUGGACACAUUUAAAAUUGUUAACUUGUCAGUACUUGAGCAAUCCCUUAAGAGGCUAUGUAAUCUGACAAAUUAUAAUAUCACCUACUGAUGUGCUACAUGUCUUUCCUUUGAUCUCUUAUCCGAGAAUGUAUUAAGGGCACACAUGCUAACGUGUAUUAUAAGAUUUCCAGUCAAAGUCUGUUUUUGGUUUUGCACUUUCUCGAAACAUUAAUGUGAAAAGAGUAUAAAUCAUACUGUUUCGGAUAACUGUGCCAUUGAGCAGUGGUACUGGAGGUGUGAAUGUUGUAGCACAGACGUUUCCCGUGGGGUUAAGUGGGGAGUUAUGUAAUGACUGAGGGAUUAUGGUUUUAUUGAUCGACACGAACAUCUGCAAGGAGCAAUGGAGAACAACAUUUUUGUGGCUAUAAAUUCAGAAUAACGAUUCUGUCCAAAGACGGAUACCGCCAAAAAUGUAUUGAUGAAACGUCAGGGACUAAACGUUUUAUACAGUAUGGAAUCAUUUUAUGUGCAUUGGGAAAAGGUUAUUGAUCAGACGUGACUAUAACGGUUGUAUUUUAUGUAUUAUUAGGGGGGGGGGGGGGGGGGGGAGGACCUAAAUAGAUGUGUUGUUACGUUCUACAAAGGGUCCCAGAUAAAGUGAAUCCUAGAUCAAAUACGUCUAGUUAGGGUUACCAAGUCUGCGUAUGUUUGAUUGGUGUAUUGCGUUAGCUUUAGAUAACACCCAUAAAUUAAGAGUAGUAGUAGGCCUUGUUCAAAUUAUACUUUUUGAAAGAUAUCUAUUGGCCAGACUUGAUCUGUAUGAUAUCAUUUUGGUAACCGCUAGAAACUGCCGGUAAACUGUCAUGCUUGGUAUAUCGAUAUGAUAAAUGAACAUGUACAUUGCUUGCUUUACUUAAAUGAGUUAUGUUUGAAUGAGUACUUAUUUGGAUGAACAGGUAUUUCAGUGUUACAUAGAUUACAUUCCAUAUAAGUUUAUGAUGUUAUGUUGGUCCCGUUUUUAUAGUUUUGUUUGGUAUACAGAUAUAUGGCAUCUGUGUUUAGUGCCUCAAUUGAUUUCAUCGUUAGCAGUUUUAUAACAUAUUGUAUACCACCGGAGCUCUUAACACUUAUGGCAAAUAUAGGACUCGUUUUACAACGUUUGCAACGCUUUGUUAUCUCAUUGCCCUACUUUUAGAAUUUUUAAGAGCAGAGAAAGACUAAACACACCAAACAUGAACACAAGUUUUAAAAAAAACUUCCCUUAAAGCUCACUUUGUAUAUGCGAUUAAAUCACUGUAUUUGAUAUCCCUAGAAGUACACGUUGAAUAGUUCUACUUGUAAGGCUUUGUGUCCAUGUUUAUUACGGUAGACAAUAUAACAAUACAUACAUAUACAACAUGGUCCCACAACGGACCACCAGCUAAUACACACGGGGUUUGUGUUUAUUGUAUUGUUUUUGUUAUUCUGUUCUGUUUUAUAUCACAAUUGUUAGAAGGUAACUGGUUACUGACACACACACAGGUUUUGUAACAAUGUAAUCUCCAACCUAAAAUAUUUUGUUAAGGAUGAUAUUUCUAUCUUGCCAUAUUUUAUUUAUUCUGUGGUUAUAAUAAAUUGAUUGGAGAAUCUCAUUUCGUACUAAUUGUUGGUCUGCAUGAUAAACUAUUUAUAUUGUGAAAUAAUAUACACAGAUACUUGUUGUACGGUAUAGUGCUCUUUAUUUAUGUUUUAGUUAAUCAGUUUAUAGCAGAUAACUCUCACAGACAGUACUUUGCCACAUCCAUUUGUAAUUUAGUUUUGUACUGUUAAGAUUUUCCUAUUUUAUUUUGUUUUAUUUCCACGGAAAGAAUUUGGAUUAAAAUCUCCAAAUUUCCAACCAACGAACUAAUAUUAAGGAGUUGAUUGCGCCUUGUUUAUUUUAAUUGUUGAUACCGUUGUGUGUAUAUACGGACUCAUUUGAUGAUGAUUCGUUGAUAAUAAAAUUAUUAAAUUUA